AUCACUCUCCUUAACCGAUUCUUGACAACGUUCUUUGUGCCUUGCACUCUUCAGUCUCUCAUUUUUUGCUCAACGCAACAAGAAUCACAUCACGAUCCUUUAUAGUCACUACAAUUCGUUUCAGACAAACACAAUCACAAUGCACUACACCAGCAUCUUCGUUGCCGCCGCUGGCGCCUCGGUCGCCGCUGCUCAGGACUACGCUCCUCCUGCUCUGGACACCACAACUCUCACCUCGACCACUACCCGGGUUAUCACUCUCACUCAGUGCAACCCCACAGUGACCGACUGCCCUCUGCGCACUCAUACCUCCACUGAGGUUGUUGUUACAACCUCGACUGCUGAGCCCGAGGUCCCUGCCGAGCCUACCACCUCUGUCUACGUUGCUCCUACCACCAGCAUCUACGAGCCCGUUGUCAACACAACUAGCCACCACGAGGUUCCUACCAUCGUCAACACUCCCACCAUUUCCACCACCAAGAAGGCGCCUCUUCCUAAGACCACCUAUUACCCUGCUGGUAACACAACCGUCAAUGCUGGUCCUACUGCUCCCGUCUCUCACGUCACCAAGCUUCCUGUCCCCAGCAGCAACGGCACCCCCGAGAAGCCUGGUUACGAGGCUCCUCCUACCACCCCCGAGGCUCCUUCAAGCGUCCCCACCGCUGGUGCCAACGGUCUCAUCGCCUCUUCAGGCUUCCUUGGUGCCGCUCUGGUCGCCGCCAUGGUUGCUCUCUUCUAGCUCAACCCUUCCAUUUGGUUGACCUAUCUGGUCUGUCUCUUGACAGAUGUCGGACCUUCACUUCUUACUAUGAUACCUUUUUAUUCUUCGGGGACGGACGUUUGGAGACUUAUUUCAGUGCAUGAUUCUUGCUCUUGCAGCAAGGCAAUCUUCUCUUCGAGACAGGCCACUGUGUGGCUAUUUGGUUCCUGGCAGGUCAUUGGAUAGCAUGAGAUAGCAGCG